AUGACAGUCUACCCCCACCGGCAAGGACGCCGGAGUCGGUCCAAGACGCCGGCGGGGCUCCGGGCGGCCGCCUUUUGUGCUCGGGGCCCGACGUGGCCGAUGGGCCAGGAGACGCCACGUCCGGGGCUCGCGGGCUGCAGGGCGGCGCGGCUCGAGCGGACAGACCCGGCGGGGGGAGGUCGGCGGCGGCAAGGAGACGGGGGCCCGCGGGAGGUGCGAGUCGGCCCAGGCCGGCCGGAGAGGCGGGGAAGGCGACGCCGCACACACCCUUCCACACGCCGCGCCCGGGGCCCGCCGCUGGGCGGGGACGACCGGGGCUCCCGCGGGCGCCUCGCGGGGACACCCUCGCCCCCGCACGGACUCCUGUCAGGCCCUUCGCCGCGGAACCCACAGCCGACCCCGGGCUCGCUGCGGCCUGACACCGCCCGCCCCGCGACGCCUCGCGCCCGCGCUCCCACCCCGCCGUCGCCCCCACCGCUGGCCCCGGGAGAGCCCAGCGAGGAGACCCCGGCCGGCCGGACACUGCGGAAGGCCUGGGUUACCUGGGGGGUUGCUGGUGGCUGGGCAGCUUUCCGGGCGGGAGGGGGGCGUCAGGACGAGGAAGAGGAGGGCGGGCGCAGCGGGAGAGGGGCGGGGGCGGCCGGUCGAGGCCCGGGCAGGCAGCGGGCAGGCCGAGGAGCUGCAGACGCGCCGGCGGCAGUGGCGGUGGCAGCGGCGACUGCUCCCGCGGCUCCCUCAGGAUCUUCCUCGGGCUGGUCCAAGAUGGCGGCGCUCCCUGCACAGGGUUUCCUGUCACCCUCGCAAUGGGUCGGACCACAAAAGAAGGGGGGAGGAGGAUGCGCGCGCAGCCGGAGGAGCCCGGAAGAGGGUGGCCGGCGCCCGGCCUGUUGGCCACGCCCCUUCCCUAGUCCUCCCCUCUGGACUCGCCGCGACGCCGCCGAGCCCGCCCCACUGGCCCUCGCGCCAGAGGGGGAGGAGGCAGGCACUCACGCGCAAGCGCAGUCUCUUGCCCUCCCUCUCCCGGGACGCUACUGCGCAGGUUCGCGUAGGACCUGCUGA